GAGUCGCGCACGCGCGUCGGGGACUGCCUGCCCCUCUCUGUGACUCGCCUGUGCGUGUGUGUGUAUGUAUGUGUGCGUGUAUAUGUGUGUGUGCGCGCGCGCGCGAGUGAGAGUGGAGAGAGCGAGAAGAGCGCGCGCGAGAGGGUGAGUGUGUGUGAGUGCAUGGGAGGGUGCUGAAUAUUCCGAGACACGGGGACCACGGCGGCGGCUCCGCUGAAAACUGCAUUCAGCCAGUCCUCCGGACUUCGGGAGUCGGCACAGGGCGCAGGGCAUCAGCAGCCACCGGCAGGAUCUGGGAAACAGGGAUUCUUCUGCCUCCACUUCAGGUUUUUAGAAGCUUGGUGCUAAAUUGCUGUCUCAAAAUGCAGAGGAUCUAAUUUGCUGAGGAGAACGGCCAAAGAAGGAAGAGGAGGAAAAGGAGAAAAAAAAAAAAGGGUAUUUUGUGGAUGCUCUACUUUUCUUGGAAAUGCAAAAGAUUAUGCAUAUUUCUGUCCUCCUUUCUCCUGUUUUGUGGGGACUGAUUUUUGGUGUCUCUUCCAACAGCAUACAGAUAGGGGGGCUAUUUCCUAGGGGCGCCGAUCAAGAAUACAGUGCAUUUCGGGUAGGGAUGGUUCAGUUUUCCACUUCGGAGUUCAGACUGACACCCCACAUCGACAAUUUGGAGGUGGCCAACAGCUUCGCAGUCACCAAUGCUUUCUGCUCCCAGUUUUCAAGAGGAGUCUAUGCUAUUUUUGGGUUUUAUGACAAGAAGUCUGUCAAUACCAUCACCUCAUUUUGUGGAACGCUGCAUGUCUCCUUCAUCACGCCCAGCUUCCCCACCGAUGGUACACAUCCCUUUGUCAUCCAGAUGAGACCUGACCUCAAAGGAGCCCUGCUUAGCUUGAUUGAAUACUAUCAAUGGGACAAGUUUGCGUACCUCUAUGACAGUGACAGAGGCUUAUCAACGCUGCAAGCUGUGCUGGAUUCCGCUGCUGAAAAGAAAUGGCAAGUGACUGCUAUCAAUGUGGGAAACAUUAACAAUGACAAGAAAGAUGAGACCUACCGGUCGCUUUUCCAAGAUCUGGAGUUAAAAAAGGAACGACGUGUAAUUCUGGACUGUGAACGGGAUAAAGUUAAUGACAUUGUGGACCAGGUUAUUACCAUUGGAAAACAUGUUAAAGGAUACCACUACAUCAUCGCAAAUCUGGGAUUUACAGAUGGAGACCUGCUAAAAAUUCAGUUUGGAGGUGCAAACGUCUCCGGAUUCCAGAUAGUGGACUACGAUGAUUCCUUGGUGUCUAAGUUUAUAGAAAGAUGGUCAACACUGGAAGAAAAAGAAUACCCUGGAGCACACACCACGACCAUUAAGUACACUUCUGCGCUGACCUAUGAUGCCGUUCAAGUGAUGACUGAAGCUUUCCGCAACCUACGAAAGCAGAGAAUUGAAAUCUCCCGAAGGGGGAAUGCAGGAGACUGUCUGGCAAACCCAGCCGUCCCUUGGGGACAAGGUGUAGAAAUAGAAAGGGCCCUGAAACAGGUUCAGGUUGAAGGUCUCUCGGGAAAUAUAAAGUUUGACCAGAAUGGCAAAAGAAUAAACUAUACAAUUAACAUCAUGGAGCUCAAAACUAAUGGGCCCCGGAAGAUUGGCUACUGGAGUGAAGUGGACAAAAUGGUUGUGACUCUUACAGAACUUCCAUCUGGAAAUGACACCUCUGGGCUUGAGAAUAAGACUGUCGUUGUCACUACAAUUUUGGAAUCCCCAUAUGUUAUGAUGAAGAAAAAUCAUGAGAUGCUUGAAGGCAAUGAGCGCUAUGAGGGCUACUGUGUUGACUUGGCUGCAGAAAUCGCCAAACAUUGUGGGUUCAAGUACAAGCUGACAAUUGUUGGGGAUGGCAAGUAUGGGGCCAGGGAUGCAGACACGAAAAUUUGGAAUGGGAUGGUUGGAGAACUUGUAUAUGGGAAAGCUGACAUUGCAAUUGCUCCAUUAACUAUAACCCUUGUGAGAGAAGAGGUGAUUGACUUCUCAAAGCCCUUUAUGAGCCUCGGGAUAUCUAUCAUGAUCAAGAAGCCUCAGAAGUCCAAACCGGGAGUGUUUUCAUUUCUUGAUCCUUUAGCCUAUGAGAUCUGGAUGUGCAUUGUUUUUGCCUACAUUGGGGUCAGUGUAGUUUUAUUCCUGGUGAGCAGAUUUAGCCCCUACGAGUGGCACACUGAGGAGUUUGAAGAUGGAAGAGAAACACAAAGUAGUGAAUCAACUAAUGAAUUUGGGAUUUUUAAUAGUCUCUGGUUUUCCUUGGGUGCCUUUAUGCAGCAAGGAUGCGAUAUUUCGCCAAGAUCCCUCUCUGGGCGCAUUGUUGGAGGUGUGUGGUGGUUCUUUACCCUGAUCAUAAUCUCCUCCUACACGGCUAACUUAGCUGCCUUCCUGACUGUAGAGAGGAUGGUGUCUCCCAUCGAAAGUGCUGAGGAUCUUUCUAAGCAAACAGAAAUUGCUUAUGGAACAUUAGACUCUGGCUCCACUAAAGAGUUUUUCAGGAGAUCUAAAAUUGCAGUGUUUGAUAAAAUGUGGACCUACAUGAGGAGUGCAGAGCCCUCUGUGUUUGUGAGGACUACGGCUGAAGGGGUAGCGAGAGUCAGGAAGUCCAAAGGGAAAUAUGCCUACCUGCUGGAGUCCACCAUGAAUGAGUACAUUGAACAGAGGAAGCCCUGUGACACCAUGAAAGUGGGCGGGAACCUGGAUUCCAAAGGCUACGGCAUCGCAACGCCUAAAGGAUCCUCAUUAAGAAAUGCGGUUAACCUCGCAGUACUAAAACUGAAUGAACAAGGCCUGUUGGACAAAUUGAAAAACAAAUGGUGGUACGACAAAGGAGAGUGCGGCAGCGGGGGAGGUGAUUCCAAGGAAAAGACCAGUGCCCUCAGUCUGAGCAACGUUGCCGGAGUGUUCUACAUCCUUGUCGGGGGCCUUGGUUUGGCAAUGCUGGUGGCUUUGAUUGAGUUCUGUUACAAGUCAAGGGCCGAGGCGAAAAGAAUGAAGGUGGCAAAGAAUGCACAGAAUAUUAACCCAUCUUCCUCGCAGAAUUCACAGAAUUUUGCAACUUAUAAGGAAGGUUACAACGUAUAUGGCAUCGAAAGUGUUAAAAUUUAGGGGAUGACCUUGAACGAUGCCAUGAGGAGCAAGGCAAGGCUGUCAAUUACAGGAAGUACUGGAGAAAAUGGACGUGUUAUGACUCCAGAAUUUCCAAAAGCAGUGCAUGCUGUCCCUUACGUGAAUCCUGGCAUGGGAAUGAAUGUCAGUGUGACUGAUCUCUCGUGAUUGAUAAGAACCUUUUGAGUGCCUUACACGAUGGUUUUCUUGUGUGUUUAUUGUCAAAAGUGGUGAGAGGCAUCCAGUAUCUUGAAGACUUUUCUUUCAGCCAAGAAUUCUUAAAUAUGUGGAGUUCAUCUUGAAUUGUAAGGAAUGAUUAAUUAAAAACACAACAUCUUUUUCUACUCGAGUUACAGACGAAGCUUGGUGGACAUGCACAGCUACCGCAGAAGUACUAUAAUUGGACUGAAGUCUUUGUACAGACACCAAACCUGUUUCUGCAGCCACUAUUGUUAGUCUCUUGAUUCAUAAUGACUUAAGCACACUUGACAUCAACUGCAUCAAGAUGUGACAUGUUUUAUAAAAAAAAAACCCACAAAAAAACAGUUAAAAUAAAAAAAAUAUUUUUAGGUAUUUUCACAAACUGGCUUUUAAAUAAAUUUGCUUCCAUAUGGGUUGGAUAAGACAAAAAAAAACAAUUAAACUGAGUGGGAAGUGAUGGAAAAGGCUUUAGGCGUCAGUUCCAUAUUUUUCAAAGCCAAAUAUGUAAAUGUAAGGAAGGGAAACGACCAGAAGAUUCCAAUCUCGUAAUUUAAUAUUGUUAUUAAAACUUUAAUGUAUCCUAUUCUUUAACCUUUGGUGUUAAUAUAAAAUUACUUGGCAAUGCUUGACAUUUGAAAUAAACAUUUUUCUACUGUUUUAUUUGCAAGUGGUCCAAUUAAUUUUGCUUAGCUACAGUUUGGUCAUAAAUCAAGCAAGUUUAAAGACACGACCCAGUUGUUAGGUUUCCAGAGAAAACAUCCCCCUUUUAAAAAGGCCGGGAGAUGUUACAAAUCGAAAUCUGCCCCUGAAUCGUAUCUGAGUCGGUUUUUGAUCCGUCUCACCAUCUAUAAAUAAAUAUGUGUUAACACGAAGCAUUUAAUCUGUGUAGAUGAAUGCUAAUAGAUUUAAACAGCUAAUAUUAAAAAAUAAAUAUCAGAAUACGUGAGAUUCCAUUUUUGUGGUGUUUGAGCUUAUAGAAGUAUUAGUAGUAAAUGAAGUCAGAAAUGCUUGGAAAGUAGCUUUCUAGAUAGUUGCCCACUGAUCAAAUCUGAUAAACUUAAUAUAAACUUUCAGUUUUAAAAUGAUAAUAGCUGUCCUAAACCUUAUAUAUUAUGAAUAUUUUAAACACAUUUGAGUCCCCUGAAAUGUAGUUUCAUCCCAUGGCCAUCAACCAAACAACCCUAUUGUAUUAUUUUUAUAUUUAUUCCACAGGUGGAAUGGCUACUUUAAGAUGCCCAGCGUGGAAAAAAAUACCACAUUUCUAUAACAUUGGACUAAAGACCAUAUAUUUCUCUAGGCAAUAAAUUUAAAGAAUCUACCUUUCCCUUCCUAAAAUACCUUUUAUUUCCUUUAAAGCCCCCCAAUUCAGAGUUUAAUGAAUUACAAACGAAAAAAGUCUACUAGUUAUUUUUAAUAUUUGUUUUAUUAUUAUUUCUGCAAGUAAGCCUUUGAGAUUUUACAAAGUUAAAAUGUUCCUAUUUAUUAUUUUUCACAGAAGGGAAGGAAACCCGUAGAGAUACACAGGAACCACUUACACCAGACCUGGUGGCAUGUGGGAUCAGGGUACUCUUUACUAAAUUUAACUGUCCCUAAUCACAAAUUCCAAGAUAAUUCCAUAGAAUUUUAGUGCAUUUCUCCUCAUCAAUGAAUGUUGGAGGUGCAUUUUAAGUUUAAAUAAUACAUGCUAGAAUGACCAAAUUGCAGACUAAUUGUUUCCAUAUUGUACUUCAAAUGAGUUUUUAAAAAUGAACCAGAUACGACUCUAGAUACUUAAUGCUGUUUAUUGUACCUCUGGGCCUACUCUUCUAAAAAUUGUAGCUUAUCAAUUUUUCUCUGUCAAGCUUGAACUAAUGUAAAUAACUGGAAUAAUGUAAAGUUAUAUUUUCAUGUUUUUAUAGAUACAACAUGACCAGAAUACAUAAUGUAAGAGUAUUUCAACUACAGAUAAUGUUGACUGGAUAAUGCACAUCUCAGUUACAGUCAGUAAUCAUAGUUUAAUAUCCAUGUAACGGUGCAUCGAUCUAUUGCUAUAUAAACAUGUCUGUGUGCAUCUAAGUGAACAGUGGUCAAACGCGAGUGAUGACAGCUGUCUAAAGGUUUUUUUAUUCAUUUUAUAUAAAAACUGUUAUGGAAAGACCAAAAUGUUUAUGAACUAUUCCUAUGUAAAUUUACAACUGUCCUUUAUUGUACUUUUUGUUUACAGUAUAGUACCUUAUUUUCUGCUGUGUUCAGUGAGUGUCAGACUCCAAGGAGACAUACACUUUCUACAACUUCUAUUGAAGAUAUUGGAAGUUCCAAUUUUUCAUGUGUACUAUGUCAGACAAUGCUUUGGAUUUUAUUUUUAAAUCUAACAUCGGAUGGCUUUUCCGGAGUGUUGUAAAAAUUUCGAUCAUACAUAAAACAUGUUCUUACAAAAGGCAAA